GCCCAGCUCAGCUUCACGCAAUUGGUCAAUUGCAACGGUCACAUUACAUGCACACUUGCACAGGUGUGAAAGCAGGCAUGGGAGCUUAAUCGAUAAGGCAACCAGGAAAGGAUCGACGCUAGUGAGCUCCCAGUCUCAAGCAAGGGCACACCACAUCCAACAAAGUACCGUCACAACAUAUCACCCAGUUAAUCAAGCUUUUGGCACGCUGCUUUGGUCAUGUCUGGGUACGAGUCGCUCGCAGAUGUGACGCUCCGGCCAUGGCCUGCCGCAAAAAAGGAGGAGCUGAGUCCGCAGGAUUUGCUGCUCCAGAUUGAACAGCUCGGAACGGAGCGUGGACACCUUCGCGAUGUCACAGAGAAAUCUUUGCAGGAGGACAUGGCUGCUGGCAAAGGUGCCUCAGAAGAAGCUGCAGGGAGUUUGGAGCAAAAAAAGAAAAAAAAGGACGCGACAUCGAGAGAAGAGCGACUACAAGAGGUGCUAAAGGCUCAGCACGAGAUGUGCAUGCAUAUGGAAUGGGCGAAAUUCGCUGCCACCAACACGGUCGACCUCAUUUCCCUCAUUCUCUCCGCCGACCCGAACAGACGCUCGCUCGCGAACUUCAGUCAUUCUAUGCAAAUGCAGGGCUUGCAGCAAGGCCUUCCCUUCGGUGCUUUUGGUUUGGGCAAAGAGAGCCAUGUCCAUCAUGACCGCAAACAUGACGAACAAGACGUUUUGAAAGAAUACGCUCAUCGGCAGGAGCUUGUUUCCAAAGGCGCUAGAAUGGAGGCGCUUGACCGCGCGACAGACGACAUACUCAAGGCUGCUCGCAAGUUAGAGAAGGAGGUCCGUCGUGAGACUAAAUACUGGCAGGAAAUCGUGUCUAUCUCCGACAAGGGCUGGCCAAUACAACGACAUCGCAUUAAAGCUGACGUCUGGACAGCUAGCAAUCACUUUAAGGCACGAGGACUUGCACCGCUCCGCAUGGAUAAGGACGGCAGCAUCAUACUCGACCCUGCCUUGGCAUCGAAGCCGAAAUCGCUGCGCGUGCGAAUACGUCAAGAUGGAAAUGUCACAGGCACGUCCCAUCUUCCGACGGCGGUUGGUGAGAGCGAUACCACCAUCGAAAAGACGAUCCAACGAACCCGAAAUUCUCUGUUCGAAGAAGAGCUGUUCCACGAGAUGAGCCUAGAGGCCCGACAGCUGAUGGCACACGGAGUGGAUUAUCGUGAUUCUAUCAUACACAUUGAUGCGUCCGGAUCGGCUGGUCAGCAGAGAUCGAUGACUCUACUCAUCGACUGCAUACCGUUAGAGGGCCCUAACCCUGCGAGCCAGGAACACGCAAACGACUGGCUUGCGCAGAACAUCGUGGAGGGACUACGCUUGUUACUCACGCAUGAGCAAAGCAUGCGCCUCUACCGGCGCACCCAGGUGCCACCUCCCUUGACUGGUCAAAAGCGAGAGAAGCAAUCUCCAUCACUACUUCGCACAUUACUGGCAAUCUUCCACCACCUACAAGGGGUGGACUCGCUGUACGGCUAUCUGAACACUGUCGCAGAGACGCUAAAAAACGCUGGGCUCCCCAUCGAACUAGACACAACUCGUGAGGUGUCUUGGGCUCGCCUUGCCAACACGUUGCGAAGCUCCCCUAAAAAGGGAAUAUCCGCGGCUGAUCAACUGCUAGAUAUUUUCUCAAAGCCUUUCGAUGGAAGAGCCACUCUGACGUUGCCAGCUCUGGGUGGCACGCCGUCAGAGAGCAUUACCUUAUCUACACGUACGGUGAUCGGCCAGCCGACGUUUGGUAGUGAACACAGACUCACACUGCCAUCUACGCUAGCUGCAGAUCUUGGGUUGUUUCCGCAACAUAAAUUCUCGUCUGUUGAGGAAACAGUGUCCUACCUGGAUUGGGUUCUUUCUUUGAAUAUAGCGCAUCGACAACUGAAGAAUCAUUUCUCGACUAGGGCCGCCAUCAAAGGAGAUGAUGCAAGAGUGACGAUCCGGGGUAAAAAUACCAAAAAGACAGCCAUUGCUGAUUCAGACAUCUUGAUUCAAAUGCAAGAUGGCAAGCUUCGUGCAACAGCGACGAUUGCUGAGUCAGAAGAGGGAGCAGAAGAAGCAGAACAAUCAUAUACAUGGAUAGGUAAAGAAGCGAGCAUGUCACUCACGGAGAGAAUCAAGAGCUGGGUUGGAUGAAGACGGGUCUUGAGUAUGUUGAUUGUAACACGCUCUCACGGGAAAUGAUGAACACGACUCGCGAUGGAUUGGCGCUAUUGCCAGAUUCUCCAACAGCCAGGCGGUACCUGCAUGCCCACGAAACGUGCCGCAACGCCGUCUCCGGGAAAGCGGGGUUGGUAGUUAUAGUGGGUCUGCUAGCCGUAGCCUCUGUAUCAAUUCAACUAUCCCGGUUCA